AUGCCUUCGCAGGGAGUGCUGCCUUCGCAAGGGGUGGUGCCUUCGCAAGGAGUGUUGCCUUCGCAAGGAGUGCUGCAUUCACAAGGAGUGCUGCCUCCGCAAGGAGUGCUGCUUUCGCAAGGAGUACUGCCUUCGCAAGGAGUACUGCCUUCGCAAGGACUGCUGCCUUCACAAGGAGUGCUGCCUUCGCUAGGAGUGCUGACUUCGCAAGGAGGGCUGCCUUCGAGAGGAGGGCUGCCUUCGCAAGGGGUAAUGCCUUUGCAAGUAGUGCUGCCUUCUCAGGGAGUACUGCCUUUGAACGAGUGCUGCCUUCCAAUGAGUGCUGCCUUCGCAAGGAGUGCUGCCUUCGCAAUGAGGGCUGCCUUUGCAGGGAGUGCUGCCUUCGCAAGGGGUGGUGCCUUCGCAAAGAGUGCUGCCUUCGCAAGGAGUGCUGCCUUCGCAAGGAGUGCUGCCUUCGCAAGGAGUGCUGCCUUCGCAAUGAGGGCUGCCUUUGCUGGGAGUGCUGCCUUCGCAAGGGGUGGUGCCUUCGCAAGGAGUGCUGCCUUUGCAAGGAGUGCUGCCUUCGCAAGGAGAUAUGCCUUCGCAAGGACUGCUGCCUUCGCUAGGAGUGCUGCCCUUCUAAGGAGAGUUACCUUCGCAAGGAGUGCUGCCUUUGCUAGGAGUGCUGCUUUCGCAAGGAGGGCUGCCAUCGCAGGGAGUGCUGCCUUUGCAGGGAGUGCUGCCUUCGCAAGGAGUGGUGCCUUCGCAAGGAGUCCUGCCUUCGCAGGGAGUGCUGCAUCCGCAAGGAGUGCUGCCUUCGCAAGGUGUGCUGCCUUCGCAAGGAGUGCUGCCUUUGCAAGGAGCGCUGCCAUCGCAAGGAGUGCUGCCUUCGCUAGGAGUGCUGCCUUCGCAAGGAGGGCUGCCUUCGCAAAGAGGGCUGCCUUCGCAGGGAGUGCUGCCUUCGCAAGGAGUAAUGCCUUCGCAAGUAGUUCUGCUUUCGCAGGGAGUACUGCCUUUGCAUGGAGUGCUGCCUUCCAAGGAGUGCUGCCUUCGCAAGGGAGUGCUGCCUUUGCACAGAGUGCUGCCUUCACAAGGAGUGAUGCCUUCGCAAGGAGUGCUGCGUUCUCUAGGAGUGCUGCCUUCACAGGGAGUGCUGCCUUCACAAGGGAUGGUGCCUACGCACGUAGUGCUGCCUUCGCACGGAGUGCUGCCUUCGCAAGUAGUGGUGGAUUCGCAAGGGGUGCUGCCUUCGCACGGAGUGCUGUCUUUGCACAGAGUGCUGCCUUUGCAUGGAGUGCUGUCUCCGCACAGAAAGCAACCUUCGCAAGUAGUGCUUCCUUUGCACGGUAUGCUGCCUUUGCAAGUAGUUCUGCUUUCGCAAGGAGUGCUGCCUUUGCAAGGAGUGUUGCCUUCGCAAGGAGUGCUUCCUUCACAAAGAGGGCUACCUCAGCAGGGAUUGCUGCCUUCGCAGGGAGUGCUGCCUUCGCAAGGAGUGGUGCCUAUGCACAUAGUGCUGCCUUCGCACAGGUUGCUGCCUUUGCACGGAGUGCUGCCUUCGCACGGAGUGCAGCCUUCGCAUGGAGUGCUGCUUUUGCUCAGAGUGCUGCCUUCGCAAGGAGUGCAGCCAUCGCAAGGAGUGCUGCCUUCGCAAGGAGUGCUCCCUUCGCAAGGAGUGCUGCCUUCGAAAGGAGUGCUGCCUUCGCAAGGAGUCCUGCCUUCGCAAGGAGUGCUGCCCUCGCCAGGAGUGCUGCCUUCGCCAGGAGUGCUGCCUUCGCAACGAGCGCUGCCUUCGCAAGGAGUGCUGCCUACAAAAGGAGUGCUGCCCUCGUAAGGAGUUCUGCCUUCGCAAGGAGUGCUGCCUUCGCAAGGAAUGCUCCCUUCUCACGGAGUGCUGCCUUUGCACAGAGUGCUGCCUUCGCAGGGACUGCUGCCUUUGCACAGAGUGCUGCCUUUGCACAGAGUGCUGCCUCCGCAAAGAGUGCUGCCUUUGCAUGGACUGUUGCCUUCGCAAGGAGUGCCGCCUUUGCAAGGAUUGCUGCCUUCGCUAGGAGUGCUGCCUUCGCUAGGAGUGCUGCCUUCGAUAGGAGUGCUGCCUUCGCUAGGAGUGCUGCCUUCGCAGGCAGUGCUGCCUACGCAGGGAGUGCUGCCUUCGCAAGGAGAGCUGCCUUCACAAGGAAUGCUGCCUUUGCAAGGAUUGCUGCCUUCGCAAGGAGUGCUGCCUUCGCUAGGAGUGCUGCCCUUCUAAGGAGAGCUGGCUUUGCAAGGAGUGCUGCCAUCACUAGGAGUGCUGCUUUCGCAAGGAGGGCUGACUUCGCAGGGAGUGCUGCCUUUGCAAGGAGUGCUGCCUUCGCAAGGAGUGGUGCCUUCGCAAGGAGUGCUGCCUUCGCAGGGAGUGCUGCAUCCGCAAGGAGUGCUGCCUUCGCAAGGUGUGCUGCCUUCGCAAGAAGUGCUGCCUUUGCAAGGAGCGCUGCCAUCACAAGGAGUGCUGCCUUCGCUAGGAGUGCUGCUUUUGCAAGGAGUGCUGCCUUCGCAAGGAGUGCUGCCUUCGCAAGGAAUGCUGCCUUCCCAAGGAGUGCUGCCUUGGGACCGAGUGCUGCCUUCCCUAGGAGUGUUGCCAUCAUACAGAGUGCAGCCUUCGCAAGGAGUGCUGCCUUCGCAAGGUGUGCUGCCUUUGCAAGGAGUACUGCCUUCGCAAGGAGUGCUGCCUUCGCAAGGAGUGCUGCCUUCGCUAGCAGUGUUGCCUUCGCAAGGAGUACUGCGUUCAGAAGGAGUGGUGCCUCCGCAAGGAGUGCUGCCUUCGCAAGGAGUGCUGCCUUUGCAAGGAGUACUGCCUUCGCAAGGAGUGCUGCCUUCGCAAGGAGUGCUGCCUUCGGAAGUAGUACUGCCUUCGCAAGGGGUGCUGCCUUCGCAAGGAGUGCUGCCUUCCAAGGAGUGCUGCCUUCGCUAGAAGUGCUGCCUUGA